AUGAGCCAAGUCGUCCGCCAGGCUCAGUGGGAGGCUGAAGCUGCUUCAAGUGGACAUUAUGACAAGAUCAUGGUCCAGAAUCUCGAGGUGGUUGUGAGCGCGGGAAAAGAUGUCUGGGGACGCGAGAAGAAGCAGCGGGCCUUGGUUAGUGUCACAUUGACUCUAGGGAAGCAGUUCACAUCAGCUUCUUCCACGGAUUCUGUCGAUGAUAGUACCGUCCACUAUGGUACGCUUAGCAAGGCCAUACAAGCACGCUUCAAAGACGAAACCAUGACCUGGAUGUCGACUGCCGCUCUUUCAACUGCUGUCUCCAAAUGCGUCCGCGAUGUCGCAGGUUCGACAGAUAUAUAUGCGGUCGAAACCAACGUCUGUUACCUAAAAGGCAGUAUGUUCGGGGAAGGAGCUGGACACAUUACCUCACGCAUCGAAAAGUCUGGUACCAGUUCGAGUGUACUGUAUCUACGCAACGUCCGCAUUCCGUGCUUGAUCGGCGUCAACUCCAACGAGAGGUUGCAGAAGCAGCCGGUAGUGCUCAACAUUUGGGUUGACAACGUGGAUGACUCUCGUGUUGAAGAUUAUCCACGACUAGAGACUCUUUUGUUCGAGCUGAUUUCUGAAUCUACCUUCCAAACUAUCGAGAGCCUACUAGCGUGGUUAGUUGAAGAGCUCAGACAAAAGUUCUUCACACAAGACGUGGACCAGAACGCGUGGAUCAAGCUGAGAAUCAGCAAGCCUCAUGCUGUACCCUUUGCAGAUGCACCCGCCGUCGAGAUAACACGGCCAGUACGGUUGAACUAG